AUGACUAAUGCUACUAAUAGCUUCGAGAUUUUGACCAAAGAAACUCCGAAUAAUAAUUCGAGGUAAGAUUUGGCCCUAGGGCCUCAAUGGCCUCUUUAAUUGGCCUACAUUUUGAAAGCAAAGGCUUCUAAGAACCUUUUGAUUCAAAAAAAUUCAAAAAUUAUUGAAUUCUAGAUACUUACAAGAACUGAUGCAAGAAUUACAAAUGAUGACAAAUUUAUACGAAAACAAUAAUAGUGCAAAUUUUCGAAACUCUUAUAAUCUACUUUUGCGUGAAAUUCAGCGCAUUUGGAAUGUGGUUUUAACAUCAUCACCAACUUCGGAAUCUCCAACACCAACACCAACAAAAUCCGAAAAAUCGCCGAAAAAAGAAGAGAUUCCACGUGUCAGCAAAGAAUUGAAAGUGUAUUUUCCAGAGGAAGAUGAGAAAAAUCAAAACCUAGUUGGAAGAUUGAUCGGACCACGUGGAAUGACGAUUCGACAACUCGAAAACGAUUUAGAUGUGAAAUUGUAUAUUAGAGGAAAGGGUUGUAUGAGAGACGCAGAGAAAGAGAUGAAAUUAAAGGGUAGAAAUGGAUGGCAACAUUUGGCUGAAAAUAUUCAUGUUUUGGUGGUUGCAAAAGGUGAAGAUUUGGCAGCGUGUGAGGAGAAAUUGGAAGGGGCAAAGACGAGAAUCGAUGAGUUGUUCAGUAAUCCGAAUGAUUCGUUGAAGAAGGGACAAUUGGUGCAAUUAGCGAUUAUUGAAGGAACUUUAAGAGAUUAG